GCCUACAGCAAACAUCACUCUCAGUUAUAUACAAGCCAUUUCAGUCAAGCCUUCUUCAGAGGUCAGGUGUUGUCAUGUUUUAUUUCCCUCCUUUAUGUUCAUGUGUGCCUGUAUGUGUGUCCUUUUGUUUUUUUUAGAUCCAUUUGCUGUCUUCACAGUUACACGUGCCGCCAGUGGAAAGGCGUUUACCUUUGGUGCAGAGACGGCAGACAGUUACGUCAAGCUAAACCCAAACCUGAGCGGGGGAAUUGACGUAGCUAGCGUAUGUCUCAGGUACUUCUCCGACAUCCCUGACAAAGACAGAGAGCAAACCUUCUUCUCCCUGGCAACCCGUUCCCACAGCAACGGUUUCCUGCUCUGCAAGCAGGGACGUAACCGGCACCAGAUGUACAUUGGUAGCGCCAUGGCAGACUUUUGGGGGCUCCCAGACGAGUUAAACGGGUGGAACUCGUUCUGUGCGACCUGGGAGUCCUCAACCGGCCUGACCCAAGUCUGGGUGAACGGCAAACCCAGCUCCAGGAAGUCCGUCUUCAAGGGCGGGUCUCUCAGAGGAACACCUGUCAUCGUGCUCGGUCAAGACCAAGACGCCUACGGUGGCCAGUUCAGAUCAAACGAUGCGCUGAUUGGUCAGCUCACGGAUGUGCACAUGUGGGACCGGGUGAUCUCCCCAUGCGAGAUCACGCAGUUCUCCGAGAAGAAGAUUGUCGAAGGUGGGAACGUGAUCAACUGGGAAGCAUUGGAUUACACCGUGUUUGGAAAUGUGAUCGAGGAGGGGCCGAUUAAUGAAAAUGUCCGGCAGGACUGUACUCUUCCUGAAUAG